UCGAUCAUGCACUCAGAAAUCUAAAGCUCAGAGCACCAUGGAGAACAACUACUCCUACAGCUCCUACCCCGACUCCGGCGACUCCUCGCCGCGCUCCCGCGAGGUCGACUUCGAGAACCCGCCGCCGUGGGAGGAGUCGUCCCAGCAGCAGCAGAACUACAAGGUCAAGUUCAUGUGCAGCUACGGCGGCAAGAUCCUCCCCCGUCCACACGACAACCAGCUCUGCUACACCGGCGGCGAGACCAAGAUCCUCGCCGUCGACCGCUCCAUCAAUCUCCCCGCCCUCCUCUCCCGCCUCUCCUCCCUCUCCGACUCCUCCGACGUCUCCUGCAAGUACCAGCUCCCCGGCGAAGACCUCGACGCCUUGAUCUCCGUCACCAACGACGACGACCUCGACCACAUGAUGCACGAGUACGACCGCCUCUACCGCGCCUCCGUCAGGCCCGCCCGCAUGCGUCUCUUUCUCUUCCCCCUCAUCAACCACUGUGACAGCUUCGGGUCGGACCGCUCCGAUAGGGAUCGAUUCGUCGAGGCUUUGAAUUCGGGUCCCGCUCCACUGCCCGACCCGACUCCCAAGCCUCCCGUUCAAAACAACGUUCACUUCAUCCCCGGUUGGCCCAAGGCCGGCGUUGCUGCUGCUGUCACCUCCGCAGUACCUCCUCCUCCGCCGGCGUCGGAUCAACUUCCACCUCCGCCUGAGUUUCAAGCCAGAUCAGGGCUGGGAGACCGGGUCGUCGGGUCGGAUCUGGUAGUGAGCCCGGUGGAGUUCCAAAGGCAACUGCAAGAUUUGCAGAGGCUGCAAAUCGGAGAGCAAACUGAUCAUCAGUACCACCGAAGAAAGAGCGACGACAACCUCGUCGGCGGCGGAGGAGGAGGCUACGGUGUCGCCGGUGAUUACUUCAACAUGCAGAAGGUGCCGGAAAAGCUUCCUGCUGUGACUGUGCCUCCGCAGGUUUCGGCUCCGGUAGGCUACUGGCCGGAGAAUAAGCAUGUAUCAAGCGUGGGGUUCCCGGGGACGGUUGCUGGAGCACUACCCGAUCAUCAUCAACAACAGUCCAUGUACAUGAUCAACGCGGGCGCGGGAGGAGGCGGUGUGUAUCACGUGCCACCGAUGGUGCGAUCAGUGACCGGCCCAACCAGUCAAGGGUACUACCACAUGCAGCAGCAGCAGCAGCAGCAGAGAAUGCCUUCAGACGUUUACCGGGACCAGCCGGUAUACGGUGCUAUUCCUCAGCCACAGCAGCAAACGAGCAGUCUACCUCCGCAAGCGCCCAAGUACGUGGCUACGUACCCCGAAACGACGCCGUAUACUCAGGUGGCGUACGACAGCGUGACGGGGAGGCAGGUUUACUAUACUCCGCAGGGUGGAGGGGUUGUGCAGCCGCCGCAGCAGGCAUACUCUGCCGUGGGCCCAGCGGCGGUUAGCGGCGAAAUGCGAGUGGCGGGCGGGUUGAGCCAGGAGGGUAAGGUGGUGGGUUCAAAAAUUCCUCAAACUUCCGUGUGAUUUUUCUUUAUUUCAAUUUUAUUUAUGUAUUUACAUCUUAUAUUAAUAAAA